AUGGGCCUCACUCCCGUGCACUUCUUCUCGCAUGGCUCGACGAUGAUGCUGGGCGAAGAGUCCUCGUCCGCCGAGUACUGGCGCAAAUGCGGCGCCGAAGCUCUGGCUCGAGGAAUCAAGGGCGUGGUGAUUAUGCUUCAGGGCGCACACUGGGACACAGCCGGUGACGCGAUCGAGGUCUCCAUGAACCCUAACCCGGGCAAAUCGCCCGUUGCAUACGUGCACCCUUCCAAGUACGUCGACUAUAAUUUGACUCCGGAUCUCUCGAUGGGCCAGCGCUGCAUUUCCAUGCUCCAGUCGGCCGGCUUCAGCGUUUCGGGCAAUGACAAGUUCGACUGGAUCCACGACGUCUAUCUCAUCCUCAUCCACAUGUUUCCCGGUACGUCGCCGCCAACAACAAUCAUCUCCAUGAACGCACGGUACGAUCCGCACUACCACGUCAAGAUCGGAAGUACACUACGGCCGUUGCGCGCAGAGAACUAUCUGCUGAUCGGCACCGGCGGCGCCGUUCACAACCUCUACCGCAACAAAUGGGGCCCGAUGCUGCGGUUCCGGGAUAACUUCGCAAUGGAGACGCCCCCUGAAGACUGGGCGCUGGAGUUCAGGCAGGCCGUUGAGGACGUUAUCGUCAAGGUUGGGGGCGGGCCGGGCUUGCGACGGGCGAUGACCAGGCUGAUGAAGCAUCCGCGGUAUAGGGAUGCGCAUGCCACGGACGACCACUUUAUGGCGGCGAUGUUUGUGGCGGGGUUGGUGGGCGAAUGGGAGGAUGUGGGCACGAAGACUGUGCUGGGCGCUGAGAGCUGGGAGCUAACUAACAUGUGCAAUUCGCAGUUCACGUUUGGGGAGUGGAAUGGGAGCAAUAAUGGUGGUGGGCGGAAAUUCGUCGAGGUAGAGGUGUAG